AUGCAACAAUUGCUUAAUCUAUCAUAUGAGGUUGUAUCAGUUAAGAAUCAUGAAUGGGGAUAUGUUGAGAAUGGCACAUGGUCUGGAGCAUUCGGUGAUCUAAUUGGAGGAGGGAUUGAUAUCAUAGCUGGAGGAGCUAUAAUGCAAUAUGAUCGAAGCUUAGUAUCUGAUUUGACGUAUCCUUUCCAUUAUGAUACAACAGCUAUGUUGUUGAAGAGACAAGAGAAAAAGCAUUAUGAGAAGUUCUUGAUCAUAACAGAACCGUUCCGAUGGGAGGUAUGGCUACUGACAGUACUAUGUAUCAUAGUGUCAGGCUUCAUCUUUGCUAUAAUCAAUCGAAUCAUUCGAGCAUGUUAUUCAGAAGUGAUGUAUUCAUUCUUUGAUUGCUUUUGGAUAUUCAUAUCAAUAGUUCUACAACAAGGUUUACGCGAUCAACCUAAGUCGAAUAGUUGUCGCAUAAUGAUUGGUUUUUGGUGGGCAGCUAGUCUGACUCUAAUGGCCACGUUCACUGGCAGUUUAGUUGCCAUAUUUGCUACCGAAAAUCGAAAUUUGCCAUUUCAUGAUGUUCGAACAUUAACCAAAGCAGUAAAACAGGGCAAGUUUAUAGUUGUUAUGGACUCUAAUUCUAUGAUACGACGUAAGAUGAUUCAGAGUUCCCAGAAUGAAGAUUUACGUCAAUUAUGGUAUGAGCUCGAUACAAAUAAAAAAGUUUUAUAUGUUAAUGGAACAUAUGAAGCGAUUGAGUUUGUGAGAUCAAGACCUGGUUAUGUAUUUUUGGGAUCACGCGAAUCAAUAAUGUUUUAUGCGUCAUUUGAUUGUAGUUUGCUUGUUGUGAGUGACGAUAUGCUACCCGUGUACUUAUCCAUCCCAAUGGCAUUGAACAGUCAAUAUUCGAUGAUCUUUUCUAACAGAAUUCGUGAAUUGGUGGAACGGGGUUUCAUAAACAAAUGGAUAAAGGAUUAUAGCUCUUUUGCUGCUUCUAAAGGUGCUCACUCUUGCAACUAUACGUCAUCUGUUCAACAAGCUUAUUUGGACUUGACACGAACUCAAGGAGCUUUCUGGAUUCUUGUAGGAGGCUUAGGUUUAAGUAUUAUAUUGCUUGUAAUUGAAUAUGCAUUUCACAUUUAUAUGAAGA